UGUACAAGGUGUGUGUAUUAAUCUUCGCCGCAUAAACUGCAAUUAUUGCAGUUAUUCUGCAAGCGUUGUUGUAAAUAUGGGUGUUUGUAAGAUAGCAAUAUUUACCAGUACUGGCAAGUGUCUCAAUGCAGAAAUACAAAAUCUCGAGUGCCUAUUGGAAAUCAAAGCCAGAAUUAUAAGCGCGUUAGGUGAAUAUACUUGACACGGACAUCACGCUAAGAAUUACUAUUGUUGUGUGGUUGCAUUGUGGAACUCGUGGAACUACAGUCCUGCUACAGUCGCAGAACGUGAACUUGCUGGUGUAGGUGAUUUGAUACGUUUCAAAUGCUACAUUUUAGCGAUGGGCCAAUUUUAUUCGCACUGAUGCUGCUGUCUGGCAUCGAAUUGCAUUUCGGAUAAUAAUUUGAAUCGUAUAAUUUUUCCAACUAAUGCUGUUUUAUUAAACAUUGACAACAAUGAAUAAAGGAAAGUUCGGAUGCCCUGUGUGUAAUAUCGAGUUUGGAGACCUCAAAACUUGGGAAAUUCAUGUUGCUGGGAAGAAGCAUCAAUACAAUCAGCAUCGUGCAGAAGUUCUUCGCAAACGGGAGGAGAAUGGACUAUUCAUUGCAGGUUUCCCCCACAAGAUUCGAUCAGAAAACCUACAGACAUUUUUGGAGCGCUUUGGAGAAAUCAUUGAUUUUUAUCACAAUGUUGACAAACGCUUUGUUCUUGCCACUUACAGAGAGAAAUCUGUUGCAGAUUCAUUGUUAAAUAAUGAAAGAGGUGUAUUUUUCAAUGGCAGAAGAUUAAAAAUCAAUAGAAGACGACCGUUGAUGACCCCAGCUCACCAACCUGCAGCCACAACCGCUGUAACCGCAACAGCAGCAGCAUCACCUGCCUCUCAAAAAGAGCCCACCUUGCCUGGCAUCGAUAAUAAACGUGUGUCUGCUGUACUUACAUCUGGAGGCACAUUGGGAGCCCUGUUGCGUGAGCUGGAGGCCUCGCCAGAAGAGAAAGCACUUUAUGAACAUGUCUUGGGGGACUUGAAAACGUUAUUUGAAAUAAGAUUUCCUAAAGUAAAUGUUCACCCAUUUGGAUCUACAAGAACUGGAUUAAACAUGAAAGGGAGUGACAUAGAUGUAUACGUGGAAAUAUAGUACUUACAGGUGAAUCUUCUAAGAGGAGGAGUGGAUGAAGAAGGACUUAGAGGUCACCCACAUCAAACUAAUGUACAGAUUAUGGAACCAGAAUCUCCUGCAAGCAAUGAACUUUCAGCAUUGCCAAAACCUGAAAAAUUAGUUCGCAUCGGUCAGAAGCUCAUGCUUCAAAACUCAAACUAUUUUCGAAGAGUACGAGCCAUCACCCGAGCGAAAACACCGAUUGUAAAAUUUGUGCAUCGGCCUACUCAAGUCUGCUGUGAUGUAUCCUUCCAGAACAUGCUGGGUGUUGCAAAUAGUCAGCUCAUCCAACAUUACUUAACUCUUGAUUCUCGGGUUUAUCCGUAUUUAAUGAUCAUUAAGUACUGGGCCCGUAAGCAUGAGUUUUCGGGCUGCGGCAAGAUGUCAAAUUAUGCUCUAGUCACCAUUGCUGUUUUCUAUCUUCAGCAAUUGGAUCCUCCUGUAUUGCCAACAGUGCAGCAUUUGCAGGAGCUGUGCAAAGAGGAAAAACGGGUGGAUGGUUGGCUUUGCAGCUUUUCAGCUGAUCCAAAGGCAAUAGAGGCCUCCAAGAAUAAGUCUUCCCUCUGUGAACUCCUUGCUGGGUUUUUCAAGUUCUACAGGGACUUUGACAUACAUAACAUGGUGCUAUGUACUUUAUCAGCCACAACUAUACCUAAAGUACUCUUUCUUCAGCCAGAGAAUCUACCAGAAACCAUAAAAGCACAAUAUCUUAAUAUCCCUGAAGGUAAACUUGGCUUAAGAAUAAGUACAGAUAUGGUUGUUCAGGAUCCGUUUGAAUUAACCCACAACCUCACAGCAAGUAUGGGCAGUAAAGCUUUAAAAGCUUUCUUGGCCCAUUGUGAUCUUGCAGUUGCUAUCUUUGCUGAGGUAUUAAAACAUCCAGAAGAAAAGAGAAUUGCAUUUUUAAAUGAUUUAUUCAACAAAAAGCCAAUGACACAGGUCGAGACAAAGGGCACAUACUAUUGUAUAUCAAAUGCUGAAAUGACUUUGACCUAUUUGGCAGAAGAAACUUUAUCCAUAGGAUAUCUAAUAGGUAAUACAGAAGACGUUGCCACUUCUGAAUUAACUCCUGCAGUGAUCUUUGAGCGGUGGGUUGGUUUAGUGUAUAAACUUGUCAUUGGAUUUUUUGAUAAAAUAUUGAAGCUGAGUGUUCGCGAGGACCCUCCGGAGCAGACAGCAGCAAAGGUUCAGAAGGUGGGCGCUCCGUCUGAUGUGCAUGUGCCGACCAACAACGCCCAGUUGACGGACAUGCACACACUACACUGCAAAGGCAGCUACCGACUGUGGGAGGGACGACGGAAGGUACAGAAAGGGCUUACCAUCCCAUCGAACAUGGACUGCCUGAAAAUUGAAGAAAUGGUUUCAGAGGUCAUGCAUGCAGCUUGUGUACACAAGGGUUUGCCUGCUGAACCUAUCGUAUCCUUUCAGUGCGAUUUUCAGCCUGUGAAAGAACCUCCCAGCAUUAAUUUUACUUUUAAAGACACUGGUUGUCAGAGUAAGGUUUUUAUGAAUAUUAUGAUGUUUUUAAGAACAAGACUUCCUACUCUCCUGAAUAAAUAUAUGAAAUUCCUUAAGCACCAGACCCGUACUCGCCAAACGAAUGACUUGACUGCAGAAGGCUCUACUUCUAGUGAAGCUAAAAUUAGCAAAGCAUAGGACUAUUUCUUAACUAUGUUUCUGUAUUUAUGUGUAUGUGUAUCAUUAAGAAAUCUCCUAUUAAAGACUGGGCAAAUAACACUGAACUUCACAGUAUGGGGUAAUUAUGUAUGGACACAGUAUGUAUGAACUUCCUCUUCUGUAUGAACAGUGAAUGAUUUAAAAUCGUGAUACCUGUGUCAUGCAUAAAUUGCAAUGAAAACUUGGCAGCAAUAAAUAUUCAUCAUUACUUUGCCAAACUGUUUUGUUUGGUGUGAAGCCGACUUUGAAGUACUUGCUUGUCUAUUCAUUGUUGGUGAUAAAUGCAUCUGUUGAUCUUGUCAGCAAAAAUAAAACUUCCUACCUGCAUUGUUUUUGUUAGCACCUGUCUGUUGAUUACCAUCAUGUGUAGAAAAGCUUUUGAGUCAAAAUAUCAAAAGUUUAGUUGCAUGUAAUUAUGUUUUGGUGCUGAAAAAUUCUCAGAAGAGUUAGGUAUUUUUCGUGAAAUAAAAUGUUUUGAUUGCAAAAUAAUGUUUCCAGUUUGAAAUGGUAUGAAUUAUUUCUUUAAAGCACAC